ACGAAUUGUUUGAAUCUUGUCAAAGUCGUAUAUUGAUCCACUCCCCUUUUUAAUUUUUGGAGUGGUAUGAUUGGAUGAUUCGUUCCUUGAAGGAUAUUCUUAAUGGUCACGUUCUAUUUCAAUCUCCCUUUUGGCCUGACGAUGUCACAAUCUCAAAGGAGAACAAGUGGCUACUUCACAUUUUCUUCAUUUAAUGUGUGUUUUGCCUAUUUGGAUUCAUGACAAUGUUUCAUUGCUGACUUGCUGUGAAUGAAAUGCAAUGGCGCUCAUUCUUUUCGGAAUAAAUAAAACUUGAGCAAUUUAUGUACAGCGACUGAGGUAGGCAUUUCUCAUUAGUGCAAGCACUCAGUCAUAGGUGCGUAAUAAUGAAAAUAAUUAACUAUCUGUUGUUCCCGGUAACCAAUCUGGAUUAGUUGACACCAAAAUUAAAUAAUCAAAUGUUUUAAUUACUAAUUAGACAAAAUUAGAACGAAAAGAAUUAUUAUAAGAUUUUGAAUUAUAUUUUAUUCCAUCAUUUAGAAUCAGCUGCAUGAUACGAUGCAAUGUAUCUCCACGGUAACAGGGGCACAGCUAGUUUCAUAGCAGUUACGAUGCAAUAUAUCUCCACGGCAACAAUGCAGAUUCAGUGGAAUGGCGGCCUGACAAACGCAUUUACCCCAUCGCAGGGACUUCGAUAGGGGUGUCCACUCUCGCCGUAUAUUUUUACCCUUUGCCUGGAGCGUCUAAACCAGCUGAUUAAGAUGGGGUAACAGGGGGUUCAUGGAAGCCGAUCAGAUUGUCUAGUAAUGGCCCGCUACUGUCACGCCUCUUUUUUUGCAUAUGAUUUGAUCCUUUUUGGCGAGGCCUCUCUGGAGCAGGUAGCAGUUAUACUCAAGUGCUUUGAGCAGUUUGGUGCGGCGUCAGGACAACAAAUAAGCAAACCGAAAUCUCGCGUUUACUUCUCGCAUAAUGUGACGGCAGCUAGCAGCCAGGGUCUAAGCUCUGCUCUAGGGAUCCCCUCAACGAAUAAUCUGGGUAGGUACCUGGGAAAUCUGGUUAUUCAUGAUCGGGUGUCAAAGAAUACUUUCACAACUCUAAUUGAUAAGAUUGAUGCUAGACUGGCUAGGUGGAAGGCGGGGAGUAUGUCCCUGGCAGGGCGGAUUACACUAGCUCAAGCUAUACUAUCUUGUCUCCCAGCUUAGACUAUGCAGACGACCCUGCUACCAGCAAGUGUCUGGGAUUAUAUAGAUAGGAAGAUCCGAGCUUUUGUAUGGGGAAGCACAGAAGCAGGGAGGAAGAUUCACCUCAUUGACUAGGAGACAAUCUGCAGACUGAAAGAUGAGGGAGGGUUGGGUCUUCGCAGUGCAGAGAGAAUGAACGAGGCUUUUAUGAUGAAAAUCUUAUGGAGACUGAUGACGGAGACAAAGAGUUUUUGGGUCCGGGUGAUCAGAGCUAAAUACAUGUCGCAAACAGUUGAUGGUUAUGUCCCACGAAGAACGGGUAGGCUAUCGAACUUGUGGAGGGGUGUGAUAAGAGUGAUGCACUUGAUUCCGGAGGCAACUUUGUGGACGGUUCAAAUUGGAGGGAAGACGUUGUUUUGGCAUGAUCGGUGGCUGUAGGAUGCCCCCCCCUCCCCCCCCCCCCCCCCCCCCCCCCCCCCCGGGCGGAGCAUGUAGGUGAUCUACCGGAGAAGGCGAGUAGCUUGAAAGUGGCCGAACUGAGCCGUAAUGGGGAAUGGAUUGUAGCGUAUAUGAGGGCCUUUCUACCAGAGAGUGUGGUGGCUCAAAUUCAACUUCACCCUGUACCCAACGGAACAAAGAAUGAUAUUCCUAUUUGGAGACUUACGCCGAACGGAAAGUUCAGUCUGAAGACGGCCUAUGAACUUACGGAUGAGGAGGAAAGACCGAGGGCAAGCACCCAGUGUGGCGAGCGGUUUGGAGGAUCCCGGCUAUGCAAAGAAUUCGUACUUUCUUCUGGCUACUUGUGCAUGAUAGGCUGCUUACAAACUGUGAAUGUGCUCGUCGACACCUGAGCUCGUAAAAAACGUGCCCUAUUUGUGAUUAUGAGAAGGAGAACUCCCUUCAUGUGGUGCAAGAAUGCUCCUUGGCCAGAGCUGUAUGUGCGGAACUACUAGGGGACGAACCUGAUGAAGUGUUUUUCCAGCAAGAUAGAAUAAAGUGGUCUCUUCAUUAUCUCAUGGGGCGAAGCAAGGAAGUGAACCCCACAAUGUUUGCUAGCAUCUGCUGGCUACUGUGGAAAAACAGGAACAAACACGUGUUUGAAAAAGUUAUAAAUUCCCCGGACGUGAUCAGGAGACAGGCGGCAAACUUAAUCCAGCGGAUCGAGGCAGCUUCUUCGGCGCGGGUUCUGGGAACUGAUGCUACACUGCGUAGACACAGACAAGAAAUCAAGUGGGAACAUCCUUCGCAAGGCUGGGUCGCUCUGAAUUCGGACGGAUCGGUAGUUAAUGGACAAGCUGCAGUGGGAGGUGUAUUAAGGGACGAGAAUGGGCGGCUAAUAAGGGCUUUCUCUAUGAAGUUGGGCGAAGUAUCCAUUACGAGAUCUGAGCUGGAGGGAAUAGUGAAGGGAUUACAGGUAGCGUGGAACGAGGGACUCAGGUGCAUCAUCGUACAAACGGACUCGCAGACUGCCAUCAAACUCAUCAAGGAAGCCGAGAACCGGCAUCCCCACUUCCUUUUAGUGCAGGAAGCUCGCCGGCUGCUGGCACUUGAUUGGCAGGUUCAGCUGCUACAUGUUUAUAGAGAAGGCAACUUUGUUACCGAUUACUUGGCCUCGGCAGGUCACAAGGUUCAGCAGGGGAUCCACUUUCUUGAAGAGCCGGACCCAAUGUUAAAGUACUGGCUGUAUUUUGAUUUGAUUGGGGUGGAAACGCCUCGAAUGGUUGUUAGUUAACGGUUGGGGUGCCCGUCGCACUCCGUUUUUUCACAAAAAAAAAAAAAUCAGCCGCAUGCUGUUGUUAUGGUUGAAUUGUUUUUUAUAAAAAUACAAAAAUUAAAAAGGUAUAGAGAUAAUGUAAUGUUAAUCAUAUAAAAAAGAGAUAAUGUAAUGUGGGGUUGGCCAUUAGCAUUUAGCCAUAGGCAAAUUUGACUAUGGGUACUUCAGUUGAUAUGUGGGGGAUGGAUGCCCGUUAGGGAUGGCAACAAAACCCGAACUCACGGGUACCCAACCGAUCCAAUCCGGUCAAUGUGGGCAAAACCCGAGUUGAUGGAUUUUGGGCAAGGUUCGGGUUUAAACCCGAUAAACUAUUAAGCGAGUU